AUGAAACUCACUGUGCAUUUUGCCAUGAACUCCGCAGUAGUUGCGCAAGUGCUGAUGCAUCCGAAUGGCGAUGACGAUUGGAUCAUGAUUGACGAAGAUACCUCCCCUGGCACGAAGGAUGGCGAUGCUCUUGACAGGGCAAACGAGACAUGGAACGACGAUCCGAUGAUGCAAUGGAACUCUGUCGGGAACCAAGAUUGGUCGCUCGUGGCAAAGAACGGCACUGCCAACUUUCUGGGAGCACCGAUGGAGUGUUUUUUGUGCCAAAGGACCCUCCAAUAUCCCCCCACAGCUGUACCAUGCUGUGGUUUUGCGUAUUGCAACGACUGCAUCCAACAGUGGGCAGUGGAGAGCGACACGUGUCCAUGUUGUCUGGACAGACCCGCGCUCCAUCUACCAGUCGCAUCAUCGAACCAAGCCCGUUCCGUCGACAUGACGUGGCAGUUGAAUCUGAUUGCAGCCUCCCAAUGCGAUGUCCCAAUCAUGACCCGCUUCCUCCUGUCGCCGCCGUCGUCGGGAGGGGUUCAAUGCGACAUCCACUUUCACAGGGGCCUCUUUUCCCUCGUCAUGCCCGACUCGGACGUCGUAUUGUGCACGGCCACUCAAUUUGGCCACAUCGAUGCACAAGUGACCCACACUUUCUGCCCCUUCAAUACCUCCACCCCAAUUGCACAUAAUAUUCGCACGGUCAAUAGCACCGACUUCUCCCUCCACACAGCCGAAUCCCCCACGUCCGAGCUCGCGAUCGUCCAAACGACCAUGUCACCUAUUCUGAAGAGCCACAACAUGCUGGUGGUGAUCGGGUCUCACGGUGAUUGUUUGGGUGCAUGCUCGACGCACCUCUUAACCUCUCGACAACUGGCCGGCGCGUCCUUUGACUGCCACGCGAGCUUCGAGCUAGUAGCGCUGGACACCCUUGACGUGGUGCUCUCAUUCGGACGAGAUUCUGGCGGUCAGAGCUGGGUUGUGCACUUUUGCUCCCCUUGUUCACCUCUCCAAGCGUUUGCGGUUGCAUUGGGCUCGCUCUUGGUAGUUUUUGAAUCGUAAUCACUUUAACUAUUAUUAAUAUUACUAUUAAUAGUAUUGAUUUGGUACGAAUUUCCGAACCCCGUCCAAUCGAAUCACCUCGACCAAACC